AUGGAACGUCCACGAACCUCGAAGCCUCGCGGCGUCUGUAAAUACUACUCCCAACCCCGUGGUUGUUUUGCUGGAAAGAGUUGCAAGUUCCUCCAUGGCGAUCCAGGGACAGAGCAGUUAACGCCAUAUGACAAGGCAAAGGUCUGCAAAUUCUACCAACAAGGUUACUGUAAGAGGGGGGACGAAUGCUGGUUUCGCCACGUAAAGGCCGGUCGCAGUGUUGGCGAGAGCUUCUCCAUUGCUGGACCGAGCUCGCUGGAAUCCGACGAUGGCUUUGAGGACCUCUGUAGCAUCUGUUUUGACAAACCCACAACGUACGGCUUACUUGGCGGGUGUAGUCACAUCUUCUGCAUCAAAUGUAUCCGCCAGUGGCGCGACACCUCUGACAACGCCCCUGACAAUAUUGGUUCCGACGUUAGAAAGAAAUGUCCCAUGUGCCGAGCACCUUCUCAAUUCAUCACACCAACAUCCGAAUUUGUUCUACAUGGUACACCGGAGAAAGACCGCGUGAUCGCAGCCUACAAGGAUAGCAUGAAGAAGGUCAAAUGUCGGUACUUUGAAGCAAGUAUUGGCAACUCUCGCGGACGACCGGGUUGUCCUUUCGGGAAAGAUUGCUUCUACCUCCACCAGAACGCUGAUGGGACCCCCUACGUCUUCACAGAAGGAAUACCAACGUCGUUCAGAAGGUUUCAUUCUCAGAGAUCAACGCCUCUCGCAUCGCAGGUGGACUAUAUUGCCCAAUCUUUGGGCCUAAUUCAGCACAUCUUUGAUCACCCAAUGGGAAACCUCGGUCUCAGCCUCGAAGUAAUUCGUACAGGUCUCGGACAAGUGGGCGCAGCUCUGGAUAGAAUGGCUCCCACACCUGGGGCAGCUCCACUUGAACUCAGUCACCGGAGUCGAGGGGGCACAACGGACGAUGGUAAUGAUCGUAGAGAAGGCGCAGCCGAAAUGGGCAGAGAUGACUUGGAGAGAAUGACUGGCCGACUACUUGACACGAUCAAUUCUAUUAGAAUGCGUGCCGGCCGGGAGGUUCAUCCUGAGUCCGAUGAUGACAGUGAUGAUCGUGACGACCCAAUAUCUCUGUGGCCCACCGACAUGCCGGCGCUUGUCCCUUACGAACAGACUGAACAGGCGGAAGAAGAUGCUGAAGCCACUCGGGCUAUUUUUGCGGAGUGGCAUCAGCCUCAUGUAGGAUCAACGCCAUUUCGCGCGCCGGAUGUCGCUUCAAUUCCCGUUGCAGGGGAUGUAAAUGUUCGUGAGCGCAUCGACGUUACGGGUAGCGGCGUUUCCACAUCACCUCCCAUUGAUACGAAUGGUUCGGCUUGGAGUCGACUAGUGUUUGAUCAUCACGAAGGCUCCAGGCCUAGAUGGCUUCCAGGUCCUACCUUCCGGGCAGGAAGAGAGCGGGCUGGUGGAAACGAUAAUAUGAGCGAUGACUCCAUGCCCGAUUUACUUGAGCUAUCAGACAGUGAGGAUGGCACGGAGUCGAGCGACGACGAAACCCAAGCACCCUGCCAUCCACCCCUUCCAUCCUCAGAACUUGAGAAUCACCCACUCGAGCCCGCUGCAGACUCUCCUUCGUCCUCAUCGACCACCCCUGAACCUACCUCUGACGACAAAUCGAUGACAUCGCCAGAGUUCACUACGGACGGACGAGGGCGAGUAAUUGCUGCUAGCUCGCCCUCAGCAGAAAGCACAUCUUCAAUCAUACCCUCCGAUCAAAUCAAGCCAAGCUAG